AUGGGAUCUGAUUAUUGCUCUGCCCCAGCUAUGUUGGUUGAUGCUGAACAAGCAUUUUCCAUUAGACAGUGUCAAAUCAAUUUUAUGCAGCACAAUACUUCUUCAGACACUUUUAGAGCUCAAAUGGCAGUCAGUUCAUGGGAUGGUACUCCUCUAUUUCCUCAUUUCAAGGAUGCAAUUAAUAUUAUUGAGUCAAAGAAAUCUGGUAGUACUUAA